AUGGGCAAACCAGCUUUUGGCUUAUUUCUACUUUUCACCACCAUACAGUGUAGUUUUAUAGCCCUACAGCCACUGUGGCUCAGCUGGUGGGUCGACGCCAAUACGACGAGGCCGGAAACUGAUCUAGGAAAAUGGCUGGGCGUCUAUGCUGUCUUUGGGAUCCUGGCGCUAGCUUUUCUCGGGAUCGCUGCAGGGCACUAUUUGAUAUCACUGGUUCCCAGCUCCGCGAGUAGAUUGCACUACUCAAUUCUGAGAGCUACAAUGAGGGCUCCUAUGACUUUUAUCUCGGCCACGGACUCGGGAUCUCUCUUGAACCGGUUCACUCAGGAUAUGACCCUAAUGGAUAUGCAAUUACCAAUGUCCCUUUUGCUUUCCACCGAAGGACUUGGCAAAACCAUCGCCGGAGCAAUCCUGACUUGCGUCUCCUCAGGCUAUAUGGCCCUGUGUCUCCCUGUUUUAGGAGUGGCGCUCUUCUAUCUUCAAAAGUUCUACCUCCAGACCUCCCGGCAGAUGCGGCUACUCGACCUCGAAGCCAAAUCCCCGCUCUUUACGCAUCUCACUGAGACCUUGGACGGGGUGCGGACCAUACGUGCAUUCAAAUGGAAGGGGUACGUCCUUGACCAAAACUUUGGACUGCUCGAUCUUGCGCAACGACCAUUCUAUCUGCUUUUGUGCCUGCAGAACUGGUUAAAUCUCGUGCUAGAUGUUGUCGUCGCUUGUUUGGCUAUCAUCCUCAUUGCUUUAGCCGUGACGCUGCGGCAUUCGAUGAACAGCAGUCUGCUGGGAGUUGCGAUGGUUAGUAUUGUGAGUUUCAGUCAAACGCUAUCAUCUUUCGUGAAUUACUGGACUAGUAUCGAGACGUCUUUGGGGGCUAUUGCGAGAACACGGCGAUUUGUCGCAGAAACGCCGGCAGAACUGUCCGACGGAGCAGCAGUCGUCUCUGUAGAAUGGCCUUCGGACACUUCUAUCGAGUUCAAGGAUGUCUCUGCUUCAUAUCAGGUCUCGGGUCCCGAGGUCGUACAGAAGAUUAAUCUGAUCAUCGAUGCUGGGCAGCGGGUCGCGAUUUGUGACCGCACGGGUUCGGGCAAAUCCACUCUCGCCGCACUUCUCCUACGCCUGCUAGACCCCAAGUCUGGCGUCGUGUUCAUUGGGCACGACGACAUCUCUUCGUUUUCACCAGAAACAGUCCGCGGGCGCAUCAACUCGCUGCCACAGGACCCGUGGUUUCUGCCGGGGGGACAUGAAACUGUGCGUUCCAACUUGGACCCUCUAAGCGAAGCCACAGAAUCCCAGAUCCAAGUUGCGUUGGAAAAAGUCGGAUUGACAGAGCAGAUCCGGAGGAUGGGCGGCCAUGAUGCAGAAAUGCGUGGGAGUCACCUGUCCGCUAGACAAAGACAAUUGUUCUGUUUAGCGAGGGCCAUGCUGAUGCGGAGAAGUAAAAUCUUGUUGCUGGAUGAGGCAACAAGCAGGUACUCCACUACUGUCCCCCUUCUCGAGAAUCGUAUGAAGAUAAUACUAACGACUACUGUGAUGAACAGUGUCGAUGGACCUACGAAGGAGGUCAUGAUGUCCCUCUUGCGGACCGAGUUUCAAGGCUGGACUAUCAUAGCAAUCGUCCAUCGGCUACAGAGCAUCCAGGACUUUGAUCGCGUGGUGGUGCUGGAUCAGGGCCGGGUUGUCGAAUGUGAAAGUCCGACGGUGCUACUUUCGGAUGAGGGCUCGGCUUUUGCGAAGCUGUAUAGGAAUGGGAGGUGGCAGUCAUCUUAGAAGAUGGAAGCAAGGAUCAUCGGUUCAAGUGACUCUUAUAUAGCCACUGUGUAACUCGAGAUCUGAGACUCUGAGAUUGUUUCAUGUAAUUGAAGGUACGCAGUAGAACUAAAGGAGAACAAGCUUCUUCAUGAGGAUUCACUAAAAGCAACGAGGAAUCUAUCCAUGUCUUGCAGUGGUGAAGUGAUACAUGC